GGAGAGGAGAGGGGGAGACGGGAUGGGGCCCGAGCCCGCUCGCAGCCCGGCGCUAUAAGUAGGAAAGCCCCCCGUCCGGCGAAGCACUCCCCAGGCCACAGCAGAGCAGAGGGAGCGCGCCCCGCACACGCUUCCUGUGCCCCUCGCGUGAGCCGUGAGCUGCGGCGAGAGAGAGAGAGAGGCAUGCACGCUAGCCUGGCCUCGUACGCGGCGGCGGCCAUGCCGAAUCUGGCCCUCCGCCCCGAGAUGGCGCACGCGCACCAGCCCGCCAUGUCGCCCUCGCACCACGCCUGGGACGGCAAUGGCGCCGCCGUCGCGCCCACCCCCAUGCCCAAGAGGCUGGAGGGUAAGGUGGCCAUUGUGACCGGCGGCGCGCGGGGGAUCGGCGAGGCCAUCGUGCGGCUGUUCGUCAAGCACGGGGCCCGGGUGGUGAUCGCGGACAUCGACGGCGCGGCGGGCGAGGCGCUGGCGUCGGCGCUGGGCCCGCAGGCCAGCUUCGUGCGCUGCGACGUGUCCGUGGAGGAGGACGUCCAGCGCGCCGUGGACUGGGCGCUGUCGCGCCACGGCGGCCGCCUCGACGUCUACUGCAACAACGCCGGGGUGCUGGGCCGCCAGACGCGCGCCGCCAAGAGCAUCCUAUCCUUCGACGCGGGCGAGUUCGACCGCGUGCUCCGCGUCAACGCGCUGGGCGCUGCGCUCGGGAUGAAGCACGCGGCGCUCGCCAUGGCGCCCCGCCGCGCGGGGAGCAUCGUCUCCGUCGCCAGCGUCGCCGGCGUGCUCGGCGGCCUGGGGCCCCACGCCUACACCGCCUCCAAGCACGCCAUCGUCGGCCUCACCAAGAACGCCGCCUGCGAGCUCGGCGCGCACGGCAUCCGCGUCAACUGCGUCUCCCCCUUCGGCGUCGCCACGCCCAUGCUCAUCAACGCCUGGCGCCAGGGCCACGGCGACGACGACCUCGACCUCGACAUCACCGUUCCCAGCGACGAGGAGGUGGAAAAGAUGGAGGAGGUGGUCAGGGGACUCGCCACGCUCAAGGGCACCACGCUGAGACCCAGGGACAUCGCCGAGGCGGUCCUCUUCCUGGCCAGCGACGAGUCCAGAUACAUCUCCGGCCACAACCUCGUCGUGGACGGCGGCGUCACCACCUCGAGAAACCUCAUCGGAUUGUGAACGCGAUUUCAUCCCAUUGCAGAGCUAAUUAGUUCUUAGAGAGAGAAAAAAAGAUUGUUAAUUUAGGAGCCGGUGCAGCUGUACUCGAAGUGAUUUCGUUUGGUUGAUUGAUUCAUCAACAAAUGUCGAGCUUGAACAUUUGAGCAUUGCAUUUGCAUUUUUGGUGGUCAUUGAAUUGGUUUCCCCCUGGUGGUCCUGCCAUGUGAAUGAGGAACCAGUUGGAUGAUUGAAUAGUCAGUCGCUGUCUGUAGUGGUACCAAACCAGUAGAAAUAUUCAUGAGCAGUAGCUGACAGUGUACGUGGAAAAAGACCAACAAUACAAAAAUUGAAGAACAACACUACAAUACAACAGCAUAAGUAC